UAGCGAGCUGGAGCAGAAGGAUGGCUAAAGGAGGAGAGGGGAAGUUAAAAGGAAGUUAAACAAAACAAAUUGUGUUUAGGGUAGGUUAGAGGACGAAAGGUGACUGAGAGGAAGAGGAAGAGGAGAAGAUAGGAAGGAUGAAGUGGGAGGACGAAAAGACGGAAGACAGGUGUGAUCCUCCACAGCAUGGGUGUUUAUUCAGCCAAGAGCAGCAGCGGUAGAGCAGGGGAUUAUGGGAUUACAGUCGGUGUCACUGGUCAUGUGAGUCGACAUGGACGCCACUGACCCCGCUUACUUUUAGUAAGGAAGCUUAAGUUGGCUGUGAAGGCGAGGUCAAACAUGCACGCACACACACACACAUUCACACACACACUCCUGCCCACGCAUGUUUCUAUCUGGCGAACGCACCGUCAAUGUCUAGCCUCUCUUUCUGAAUUUUUUUAACACUUUUAUUUUCUUUUUUCCUUUCUGUUAGAUUUUCCAACCCUCUAUUUCCUCAUCCUGAUACAUAGUCUCUCUCCUUUCAGAUUUGCUGUGAAAUUUUGUAAUUUUGCUCCCUUCCUCGCUCUCUCCCUUCUGGAUGUCAGACGUUUUUGCUGCAUGUUAUACAUGCACAGCUCAUCCAUGCCAUCGCAAAUCCAGCGGGAUUCCAUGUUUUUUCUCUAUGGGAGGUUAAGGAGUAAAACUGAAGACGGAGGAAUCAAACAUCUUAGUGCAGGAAGAACAAACUCUCACAUUGUCCAGUGUGUGAGGACACGGGAACAAUGUUGGUCUUGGAACAUGAUUCGCUGUGAGGGGCUCAAGGAGACGAGAACCUGAGAGGGAACUGCUUCAAUGGCGUGGACUGAGCCUCGGUCUCAUCAAGACCCACAGCCAAAACCGAAACUGAAACUUUACCAUCUCAGAACUCACUCUGCUUCUUUAUCAGCUCUCUUUUUCCUCAUGAUUGCUGCCUUUGCUGGCAUCUGUACAGCUGCUCCACCGCGGCCAGCCUUCCCCCCUCUCCUGUCUGGACAGCCUUUUAUUAUCUUCUGGGGUAUCCCUGAUUCUUCCUGCUCUGGUCGGCCAGAUCCCGGCUCUUUCGGGAUGGAACGGGACAGCCGUGUAGCUGUCUUUUAUGAAGAUACAUUGGGGAACUACCCUUACUUUGUAGAUAUAGACACACCAAUAAAUGGGGGACUACCACAGCACACACGGCUGGAAACUCACCUCCAGAAGAUGAAGCAGGACUUAGAGGAAGCUCUACCUGCCCCAAGGUACCUUGGUCUGGGGGUACUGCGUUGGGGGGAGUGGGUCCCUCAGUGGUCGCGGAGUCGAGAGAAGCAAGCGUUAUAUGUGGAGGCAUCAAAGAAACUGCUCAAGGGUUUUUUUCCUAACUGGACCCCUGCAGAAGUGGAGAAGUGGUCAAAGGUGGACUUCGAGGCAGCAGCCCAGUCAGUAAUGAUGGAGACGCUACGGGAGGUCAAAAGGUUAAGACCCAAAGCAUUAUGGGGCUUUUCCCCUUACCCUAGCUGCUACAAUAGCGACCCAACUCAAACCAUGUUAGCCAAUUACACCGGCCAGUGCCCCCCUGCAGAGAUGGCUCUUAAUGACGAGCUUUCAUGGCUAUGGAAACGAAGCUCUGCCCUCUACCCUCUCCUCACCCUGGAGAAGCUGCAGAGUGGGACACCUGGAGCCAGACUUUUUUUAUCCAGUCAAAUAAAGGAAGCACUACGAAUAUCUUCUGCAAGCGGGGCAGAGUUCGACCUUCCAGUAUUUCCUCUUGUUAAGAGUGUUUAUGCCUCAACUAACACUUUUUUAUCACAGGCUGAUCUGGUCAGCAGCGUAGGAGAAAGUGCUGCCAUGGGAACAGCAGGAGUUGUCGUGUGGGAGAGAAGUGAGACUAAAACAGAGAGAGAGUGCCAGGAACUGGCUGAGUUUGUCCGUAAGGUCCUGGGACCCUACUCCAUCAACGUUACCACAGCAGCUCGACUCUGCUCAGCCUCCCUUUGUCAAGGAAGAGGUAGAUGUGUCCGUCAAAAUCCAGAAAGCUCUGCCUAUCUCCAUCUCCCACCUCCAUCCACAGUGGCUGAAAAGUCUCAGGUGGAGGCAGCGAAAGCCACGGAUCUGCCGGACACAGACACUAAGACAGCUGAACCGGAUCCAGCUGAAACCUGGAAGAAAGACUUCCAGUGCCAGUGGUAUAAGACAGAAGACCAGGAUGUCUUAGACCUGCAGUCUCCCAAAGAUGGAGUGUCUCUUGGAGGAACACUGGAAGCAAAUGCUGGAGGUGUAACAGAGACUACAACAACUGCCGCAACAAAACGUGCCUCUGUGACAGAAUUUAGUGGGAGUAGCACAGCUGGUACUGGAAUUCCAGCACCUUCACUGGAAGCAUCGACAGAUAAGGGUACCAAUCCCCCGAGUGCCCCAAGCAUCACCGUUUUGCUGUUGCUGGUGGUUGGAAGCCUAAGCCUGGAACCUUAAAUUUUGAACUGAACAGCCUUCCUCUUGGAGGACUGCAUCAAAACCACACGUGUGAGCCCUUCUGAAGUGCCCUUGAGCAAAACAUCCAAACCCUGCCAGGUGCAGACGAUUAACCAAGUGUGUGAUCUGAAUGGUGCAUCAUUAAGAAAAGGACAAACUAUGACCAGAGCUGAGGGUGAAGACCUACCACUGGUUGUGCCAACAGAUUCAGGUUACACUGACUGGUUGGAUUUAAAGAGAAAUGACUAAUAAGCCAGAAAGUCAUCCAACCUCGCCACGCACUGGUAACGUUUGUAAAACUGCUUUGAGGUUUGUCCGUGCAUGUGUGUAUGGCCAGAGAAGGCCCAAAAUACUCUGGCUCCCCUUGUAUUUCAAGAAAUGCGUCAUGUUAAAGGGCUGGUUCAAAAAGAAAUGUUUUAUUUUAUCAUGAAAUAAAAGAACAGAAGAAACCACACAAGCACACACAAAUGUCAGUGACUGAUUUCAUAUGCAUGUAGCGAAGGCUGCUGUUAGUUACAAGUGUAGAUGAUCCAUGGUAACGGUGCCUGGGCAAUAAAACCAAAACUAUUCACAUCCCUGAAUCAUGGUCCAGGUAAGUGAAAUGUCACGUUCUCUUAUUUUGGGAAGCUCAACUUUGAAUCUGCUUUUAACAGGGAGUUUAUUUAAAGCUUGGCAUGAAGAAUUUAAAUGCAAAUUUCCUACACAAUGAAUGUGUGUCAUCCUUGGGCUACAUAUUUACCAUAUUAACACACACACACACAAAACUCACUUAAGCUUUACAUAUCAUAAAUGUUAAUACUGCUGAGAUGCAGCACAUAUUUUCUGAGUGCUCUGGCCUCCUCUGCCUGAGUUCUGCAGGAACUACACCACUCCACACUGGGAAACCGUCACUGUAGGAAAAGCUCAGUUGUAAACAAUAAAAUGAGUGAAGGCACAAUUCUGGUUUGCCAUUUCAAUUUCAGGGUCACUGGAUUUCAAAUCUGGGCUCAACACCACAUUUUCAUGGCUUACAAAGAAAGCAGUAAACGCAGUACUCCAGACAAGCUGCAAAUUCAUAUACUGUGCUGUGCUGUCCUGUGAAACUGAAGUACACUUGAUGAUCCAAGAGCUUGUACAACCAUCUUUAGAUAAUCUAAAGAAAUCAUUUUUUGUGUGACUCUCACAUUGUUGCAGAGGAAUUUUGUCCCACUCUUCAAUACAACCUCGCUUCAGUUCACCAAUGGUUUGGUUUUAUGCACAGCUCUCUCGAGGUCCUGCCAAAGCAUUUCGAAAUCUGCAACGCUCUCAUCAAUGGAUGGGUUUUUCUCUUUUUUUCAGCAUUUCUUUCACAGGUUUGUUGCUGUGCUUCACAUCAUUGUCCGUGCACGACCCAACUCUGACAUUUGACUCUAGAAUACUUUGGUCUCGGAUUCCGUGGCUGCAAAACAAGCUCAAAUCACCAUCCCUCCACCACCGUGCUUGGCAGUAGGUAUGGGUAUGCUGUGGUUGGAUUUCACCAAACGUGGUGCUGUGCAUUAUAGCCAAACAUGUCCACUUCGAUCUGGUCUAUCCAAAGGACAUUGUUCCAGAAGUCUGAUUAGUCUUUUUCUAACUGUGGGGUCAUGAACUUGAAAAAUUAAGAUGUUAACUAAGGCCUGUAGAGUCUGAGUCAGAACAUAUCACACAGUUACUUUGGUUGAAUCUGCUGGGACGUCCAUUCGUGGGAAGGUGAAUAAUCUUUCUCACUGUAGAAUGAUGGACUUUAAAUUGUUCGCAAGUGGCUUUUUAACCCUUUGCAGACUGAUGGGCAGCAACAAUUGCUUCUUUACUUUACUUCACUGCUGAUGUCUUUCCUCCUGACUGCUACUUACACUCCUAAGUCCUCUGACAGCAGUAAAGAUUCAUUUUUAAUCACAGGACUGUAACAGAAUACUGGAGGUGGUAU